CAGCACACUCACUCCUACUACAGCACACGUGGAGGAUUCACACACACACUUACACACACUGAGAGGCAGGAUGGUCAGCAGCGUUACGGUACACACAGCUGCUCUGCUGGUGCUGGUGGUGAUCUUCUGCAGCUGGAGCUACGUGGCAGCUGAGGGAGAAGACUGCUGUUUGGCAACCACUAAUAAAAAAAUCCCGGCCAGACUGGUGAAAUCCUACUUCCUGCAGACGACAAGCAUGGGCUGCAGAACCGCCGCCACUGUGUUUACCACUAAAAUGAACAAGAAACUGUGCGCACCUCUUCCGAAGAACAAAAACUGGGUUCAAGGCCUGAUCAACAAGCUAAACAAGAAGUCGAAGAAAACAAGAAAAUCCAAAGGAAAAAAGCAGUAAAGGGCUAAAACUGACCCAAAGAUGGAAAAUCCCAGGUCGAGUCUCAGGCUGAUCCUCAAAUCCACCCGGACUGAUCCCAGAUCAGCUCAGCUGCCCGUGGAUCUCAGGGGUGACCCCGAGCAUCCGUCCCCCUGGACUGAACCAAAGCUGAAACCACAGCCAGAUGAACAAGCUCCUGAAUAUGAAAUAUUAUUAAUAAUAAUAUAUAAUUAUUUGUAGAGUAUUAUAUGUGUGUAAAUCCAGACCCACCACUUUUUUAUAUUGCAAGAUAUGAAUGAAUGAGUGUAUUUUUUUACCUUCACAGUUUGUAAGGAUACCACAGAACCACUGCAUUUACUGUAAGCCAUAUAUUUGUUUAAAUAUAAAUGUGAAUAAAUGUUUUUUUUUAUUGUUUGUUGCUGUGUUUCUUAGUGUAAAUAAAAUAUUUUUUCUACAAAA